GUGGCCGCCUGUAAACCGCGCCACUGCAGUGGAGGGCGCUCCUAAAAUUCCCCGGUGGGAGCAGGGAGGAGGUGGGGGGCGCGGGCCGGUCUUCUGCACAGGACGCGGCGAGGGUGGUGGCGCCGCGGAGGGACGCGCCGCCCGGCGGGUGUGCCCGGCUCAGGGUGCCGGCAAUGUCUGGCUCCCGGGCGGCGCGGGCGGCGGCGGCGCCUCGGCGGCGGCGGCUCCCGAGUUGAGCGGCGGUUCUGGGCCCGCCCGCGCCCUCCCCGCUGUCCUCCCCCGCCUCUGUGUGGGGUCUCGGCCCCCACCCCUGCCCGCCCGGCCGGGGAUGAGGCGGUGCGGAGGUGGCACAAAGGCUCCUCCGGGGCUGCCCAUUGCCUAGCGCGGCCCAGUGCCUCCGGUCGGCCCCGCCGCUGCUCCUUGGUCCCCUCACCACCUGCCUCCCUCUUUUCUUCCUCUUCGGCCCUUUGCCCCCGCUGUCCCUCGUUGGGCACGGGCCGGCUGCCCUUGCCCCUCCCGUAGCCGCCCGUAGCCCCGCAGGAGGAUGUCGGAGGAUCACGAGAUGGACAAGAUGAUCAAGGAAACCUCCAUUUUAGAGGAGUACAACAUUAACUGGACUCAGAAGCUGGGAGCUGGGAUCAGUGGGCCUGUUAGAGUCUGCGUGAAAAAAUCCUCUCAAGAACGUUUUGCACUGAAAAUUCUUCUUGAUCGUCCAAAAGCUAGAAAUGAGGUACGUCUGCACAUGAUGUGUGCAACACAUCCCAAUAUUGUUCAGAUUAUUGAAGUUUAUGCUAACAGUGUGCAGUUCCCACAUGAAUCCAGCCCAAGGGCUCGGCUCCUAAUUGUAAUGGAGAUGAUGGAAGGGGGAGAGCUAUUUCACAGAAUCAGCCAGCACCGGCACUUUACUGAGAAGCAAGCAAGCCAAGUAACAAAGCAGAUAGCUUUGGCUUUGCAGCAUUGCCACUCACUAAACAUUGCACAUAGAGACCUCAAGCCUGAGAAUCUCCUCUUCAAGGAUAACUCUCUGGAUGCACCUGUUAAGUUGUGUGACUUUGGAUUUGCCAAAGUAGACCAAGGUGACUUGAUGACACCACAGUUCACUCCAUAUUACGUAGCACCUCAGGUAUUGGAGGCACAAAGAAGGCAUCAGAAAGAAAAGUCUGGUAUUAUCCCCACCUCUCCAACACCUUACACUUACAACAAGAGCUGUGACUUGUGGUCCCUGGGUGUCAUUAUUUACGUGAUGCUGUGUGGAUACCCUCCGUUUUACUCCAAACACCACAGUCGGACAAUCCCAAAGGACAUGCGGAAAAAGAUCAUGACAGGAAGUUUUGAAUUUCCCGAGGAGGAGUGGAGCCAGAUCUCAGAAAUGGCGAAAGACAUUGUGCGAAAGCUGCUGAAGGUCAAACCCGAGGAGCGGCUGACCAUUGAAGGUGUGCUGGACCAUCCCUGGCUCAACUCUACCGAGGCACUUGAUAACAUCCUGCCCUCUGCCCAGCUGAUGAUGGACAAGGCAAUGGUUGCGGGGAUACAACAGGCUCAUGCAGAGCAGCUCGCCAACAUGAGAAUCCAGGACCUCAAAGUCAGCCUCAAACCUCUCCACUCUGUCAACAACCCAAUCCUGCGCAAAAGGAAACUGCUGGGCACUAAGCCAAAGGAUGGUGUUUAUAUCCAUGACCCUGAGAAUGGAAGUAAUGAUUCCAACGUGGCUCUGGAAAAGCUCAGAGAUGUGAUUGCUCAGUGCAUUCUACCACAGGCUGGUAAAGGAGAGAAUGAAGAUGAGAAGCUAAAUGAAGUGAUGCAGGAGGCCUGGAAGUAUAACCGAGAGUGUAAGCUGCUGCGAGACACUCUCCAGAGCUUCAGCUGGAAUGGCAGAGGAUUCACAGAUAAAGUGGACCGGCUAAAACUGGCAGAAAUAGUAAAACAAGUUAUCGAAGAGCAGACAAACUCCCACGACUCUCAAUAGCUGGAGCUUCUUAAUCUUAUUUUUUUUACCAUUUCAGAUUUAUUCUUUAACUGUAAAAAGUAUUUUUAUGUAAAUUAAUAAAUCAUAAUUAUUUCAUUAAAUUUCCAUACUGCUUGAAAAUGCUGUAUAGUUGUAGAUACAGAAGAAGAAACAAAACAAAAACCAAAUCAUUGGUACUGUAAUAUUUUUUUAAAGCUCAGUUCCUUGAGGUAUAGGUGAUCACUUAUGUACUGUUAACCAUGAGCCCCUCCCCCCAAGAUGGGGCAAAUUCUGUUGUUAAAAGACCAUUUAUUUCCUUAAUAACCAGUUGCAGAAGCUGCCUUCCAUCUGCUAUACGUACAGCCGGCCGCGGUGAUUGACUGUGUGUGCGAACCAACAACCACAGUUUCUCAGCACCCUGCUCAGUAAGUACUUGAAGCAAGUGCUGUGGAGCUCAAACUUCAUAGCUACCCUUUUGGUCCUCAAUUCUGACUCUUUAUGUAGAGGCAAUUCAAUAACCUUCUCUUUUGUUAGAUGACCUGGGAGCCACGCUCGGCCUUGCCAAGGGCACCUCAGUCCAUGUGCUUGCUGUGUUCUUCAGUUCUGAGCAGUAGCCCUCUUGUUUAAUUCUUCCCCAUCUUCCUUAAGCCCUUUUUGAGGCCUGGCCCUCCUUUUUUCUUCUUCCCCAUCUUCCAUGGACUUUCUUUAAGGCCUAUCCUUUUUUUCUCUUCUUCCCCAUCUUCCUUGGAUCCUUUCUCAGGCCUAUCCCUCUUUUUUUCUUCUUCCCCUUCUUCCUUGAACAUUCUUUAAGACCUAAGCCUCUUAUUUUCCCCUUCCCUAUCUCCCUUAGACCUUCUUUAAGGCCUAACCCUCUCUCUUUCUUCUUCCCUGUCAUCCUCAGACCUUUUUUUAAGGCUGAACUGACUAUUCAGCAGAAGACUCCUCUUUUUGGCAUAUACUUUCCCAGCAGAAGAGAAGAAUAUUCUACUUACUUCUGUACAAGUUAUCCUUAUUUUCACGGUGGAGUCUUCUCCAAAGCUCAUUUGCUUGUUCCCCAGGUCAGAAGUUGUGUGGUCCCCCUGAGUGCUCCAUUCUUUCCUGUCUAGAAGAUCCAACACUUGGUUUCAGACUUGUCUUGUUUGAAAGAGAUCAUCCUGGCAAGGGUCAUAGUGCUGCUGUGUGAAUCCACUGGUGAUCCUUCUCUUGUGUCAUCCUCUGGAGUCCAAGCUCCCCAUCUCUUUGAUGCCUUCGAGCUCCUCAUGAGGGAGCAACAGCUGCAGGGCUGCUCCUUGACACAUGUCCUUAGGCUGCCUGGGGACCAUGAGGCUGCCCAGGGCAGAUUCUUACACUAGUCUGGAAACAUUGGCUCCAAAAGCUGCUUUUUUAAUCCUAAUGAACCAAACAACUGAGAAGAACCUGUACAUAGUUCUAGUUUUCUACCUUCUGAUGCUUUUUCUUUCUUUUUGAGACCGGUCGAAGGCUUUUUAUAGAGAUAUUUUGGUACUAAACCUGUGCAGAUGUCAACUUGAGUUUGGUCUGCAGACUGAAGUGCCAAUUCAGGGCUACUAAGUAAUGACUCUUGAACAUUGUUGUUGUAUGUCAUAGCUCAUUCAUUUGGGGUUUCUGUUUACAAACCUGAGCCAUGAAUCUCCCCGGUAACUCUUGUGGCAGUCCAGCCUUGUUCUUUUCUCCUUUUUUGUCUCUUUUUUUGAUACCAGGCUUCCUUGCAACCUUUAGCUUGGUUGGCAACCCAGUGUCUGACUCUUUCUAUGAAACUUUGUAAACAGUGACUUGAGUUUUUCUACAGGAAGGAGAGACUUCAUUUCCCAUUCUUUGUCAGCACCUCGUCCCCACGCUUUCCAUCCCCUUCAGCGUUUUCUGAGGCCUGAUUUCUUGCAGAGUAAGAACCACAGUCCCUGCUUGACCAGCACUGAUGGAAACAGGCAGGUUUUGGCUAAGCCAGAGUUAUACCUCUGACACUACAUGGAACAUUUGUGCACUGACAGCUACAACUGUAGGGAAGAUGCAAGAGGAUUUUUGUUUCUUGGGUAGUACCAGCAAGUUUGCAAGCCCUAAAACAGGCAUUUCUAUCCUUGCCCUAAAUUCUAGGUCCUGUCAACAUCCAUGUAACCUUUAAAGGCAAUAGAUAAUUCUCUUUUUUAACUUGAAAUCUAAAGGUUUUUCUUCUGGAAAAAACUUGAUUCUAUUGGAACUUUUAAAUAUGGCAAAUAAGGAAACCAUCUUCAUUUGAGUGGGAGGGCAAAAACCUCCCUACAAAAGCACUUUGUAACUCUGCCCUCCAAGGAAGAAAAUAUUCAGGCAGUUUGUUGGGAGCCAGAACUUGUUAGCAGGAAGAGGGAUCAGAUUGUAGCUACUCUUCUGGUCAGUGCUUGGUGCAGUGAGCAGUGACCCUGGCCAUGCCACAGCCUGCUACAACCUGAUACACCUCGUGAGCGUAACACACUGAGACCUGUUUUGUCUCUGUCAGGUUCUCUAGUUUGAAGCUGGCCACAGCAAGGCUUCUCAACUGGUGUGUAAUGCUGUGUAGGGAAUGGCUUCACCCUGUUUCUGCACUGUUUGGUGUAAUGGGAAGCACCUUGGAGUGUGAGAGCAGCUGCUGCUAAACAGCAUCAGCUCAGACAGGAGCAGAGAAGGUGGGAUCUGACCAUGCAUUUGAGGCUCUUUCCCUUCAUGGUCCCUUGACUUGCCCAAGCUGCUGCUGCCAGUGAGGUGGGUGCCUUUAUGACUGACCUCAAGGUGUUUUGGUGUCUGGAGAGAAGUCAGAUUUUUAAGGGCUUUUGUGCUAUAAGGAACAGCUUUUUGAUGGAAUUUUUUUCUCCAGAUUUUGUCACUCUGAUCCAAAACAGAGCUUGGGAGGGACAGAUUAACAAAACACAAUUUGAAGAUUCAAGGUCAAAUGGUUUUAUUUCUAUGAGAAAGUUGAUUUGUUGGGUUUUGGGGUGGGUUGGUUUGUUUGGUGUUGUUUUUUCACUUGUUACAAAGUUGUGUUUUAGACUUCAAAAUGACCUACACUUGAAUAGAUUCAUUUCCACAUUUUAAGGUAAUAUUUUACUUUCUCCUUUUGUUUCUAAUUUUACUUCUCAGUUGACACAAGAUAACCUUACCUUUGGUUAGAUAAAGUUUUACUUGGUCUAGUUAAUCUACUGAUCCUUUCUAGCAGACUGUGAAUAUUGUAAAUAUCUGGAGCUGGAAGGGUUGUGUGGGAUCAAAGGAAGAUGUUCUCUGUACAAACACUAAGAGGAUGUGGGAAAGCUCUGUAGGAUGUUGGAGUUUGGGGGUGGGUUUUUGGGGGGAAUUUUAUUUAAGAAAAAGAUUUCUAAAAUCAUUUGACCUCUUCAAAGAUUUAUGUAUAUCUGACUUCUCCUGUGAUUUGAUUAUUUUAAGAGUUUUAUAUAUAUAUAAAAGCUAGAAGAACUUGACUAGGCAAAAGAGGUUUUGAUUGGAAAUAGCAACGUGUCAAAGUUUUGCUGUCAUUACUUCAGGUUUUUCUUUUGGAGAUCUGAGUCUGUCCUCAUGCCAUGUUUAACUUCUGUGUAUGACAAUGUCUUCAUCUUUCUCCUUUUCAGUGUUACCUGUACAAUGUAAGUUCGGUUUGGAUCAGUAUUAUGUUGUAAAUACUAUGCCUUGGUGUAUAUAAAUGAUUUUACUAAACUUAAAAA